AUGUCAAUGCUCGAUUCCUUCUUUAACAAAGGCUUCAAAGCGGCCAAAUGUAAGACUCUGCUGAGACUUGCAAUUCCGCGGAUAAAGUUACUGAGGAACCGAAGAGAGGUUCAGAUACGGCAGAUGCGUCGAGAAAUAGCCAAACUCCUUGAGAGUGGUCAAGAAGCCACUGCUAGGAUUCGGGUAGAGCAUAUAAUAAGAGAAGAGAAUACGAUGGCCGCUCAAGAGAUAAUUGAGCUAUUCUGCGAGCUUAUUGUGGUUCGUCUUCCAAUCAUUGAAGCACAAAGGGAAUGUCCUCUGGACUUGAAAGAAGCAAUUUCCAGCGUAUGCUUUGCAUCACUGAGGUGCGUCGAUCUGCCAGAGUUGUUGCAGGUUCAAAUGUUGUUUGCUGGCAAGUAUGGGAAAGAAUUCGUGUCUGCUGCAACCGAGCUUAUGCCAGAAUGUGGUGUCAAUCGGCAGUUGGUGGAAUUGUUAUCUGUUCGAGCUCCUGCUCCCGAUAUAAAACUGAAGCUGCUAAAGGAAAUCGCUGAAGAGCACAGGCUAGACUGGGAUCCAAAUGCCUCUGAAAGUGAAUUGUUGAAGCCACAUGGAGACUUACUGAGUGGGUCAACACGAUUCAUCAGUGGCUCCGGGGCACCCUUUCCUAAAGAGAAACAUGAUGAAACUUCUGUUCCUGAGCAAGCCGCCAGUGAAGGCGUUGAUUCUGAUGCAGAUUUUGAGAUAUCUGAUCUUCCAGAAGUUCCUAAGCAGCCAUUACAUUCAAAUCAAGGCACCGGUUCAGCUCCAGAAGUGGUUCCUUUUCCUACCUCUGAAGCAUCUGAGGCAGGUCGAGAAGAACCAACUCCUGCAAGUAAUGAAAAUUUGUCCCAUUUGGUACCAAGAAAACCGGUUCCACAGAAAUCAGUUGCUAAAGCUUGUGAAUCAAUGGAAGACAAACAGUGUGUGCCCUUCAUAUCUCCUCCACCACAAUCUUCUGCAUCAUUUUCGGCCGAACAACACGAUCAUCCCCCUUCCCCUGUCUUGAAACCUAAAGGUGAGACGAUUGUAGAUCUACAAGACAUUCUGCUUGCUGCUCAGGCUGCUACGGAAACAGCUGACCGGGCAGCUGCAGCUGCUCGUUCAGCAGCUACCCUGGCUCAGCUCAGGAUAAGUGAACUUGCCAAGAAAACAAGCAACCAGUCAUCAGAUGCUUGUCUUGAGAAUCCUUUCCACAAGGACAAACCUAAGUCAGACGCCAUGGAAAGGGCCAUCUCGGGUUCUCCAACUCCAAGCCCAAAAGGGGUUUGUGGAAACUACUUGGGGAAUCAGGCAGCCGUGCUUCCUGCAUAUGAUGACACGGUUAUCAAUCAGUACACUAGUCCUUACCAACCUCAGAGAUUGCCUUUUAUGGACGAUGAAACAUUUUUCUCAUACCCGAAUUUGUUCACAUCACAAAGGACAAAUCUCAGUUCUCGUGCACAAUCAUUUACAGACAACUCUCAAUUCCAUCCGUGA